ACCACACAUUUCGCGCGACAAGUUUUAAUUGUUCAAGACGCAUACUGCCAUCUAGCGACGAGUAGCGGAACUACUUAAACAGGAACAAAGCUCAAAGGGAGCUUUUGGUUUGCUCCAAAACUUAUUACAUUAUGCGCUAUUUACAAAGAAAUAACUGUAUAAUUAGUGUGCUAUAUACGUCUAAAAUAAUGAGGGUUAACAUGAACUCUGGGUGAAGUAUUAUGUUCUUUUUACGAGUGUUAUUAUAGAGUAAUAGGUACAAUUAUUUACACAAAAGUAAACUUUUUGCCCGGCCGGUGACCGCUGUGUGAGGUAAUAACCACGUGUGGUGACUAUUGAUUAAUUUUAAACCUUAAUUUAAGGGUGUAAGAUUUAAUUUUCUAUAAAGUCGUAUGAUGUAACUUUAAAUCAAAUUAAAGUUGUUCAGUCAGUUGAGCUUUGGCCGCGGUUCGAGGCGUUCGCGUGAGCUUUUAAAAGCUUUAUUUACGAUUUCGUGCGCGCGUUUUUAAAAACUUUCGUGUUUUUGAAUUGAAAUUAAAGAAAUAAGUGAAGUGUAGUUUACAAAACGGUAUUUUAGUGUUAGUUGAAGUUAAAUUCAACGAAUAAUAGUAAAAAUUAAGUGUGUUUAAAGUCAAUCGUACGUUGUGUUUAGGUUAUAGUUACUUAUGAAUAAUUUAAAAUAGAUUUUAGUCAACCAUGCAAUGAAUUUUAGUAUUUAUGAGUAAGUUAAAUGUCUUAUAUACUUUUGCGAGUGCGUUUUAGUGAAAAAAUGCGUUAGUUUUCGUAGUCUUUGAGUCAGGUCAAGUGUGGAGGUUAUUUUGUUGUGUGAACCGACUGUGGAAGGGGCAGUUGUGUUGUGAUGUGGUGACAAUGAGGUUGUUAUUGUGCUUGUUGCUGGUGGUCGCUGUUGCUGGGAAGGGGAAGAAACAUCGGCACAAUAAACCAGGUCGAGCAGUCCUGGACCGGCUUUCCAGCACCACAGUCACAGAUGGCACAGUGGAACCAGGCAGAGAACUGCUCCCAGAGCCCCUGGACGUGGCUCCGUUCGCGGUGGUUGAAGCCAAUGCGACCUGUGGGGACAAUGGGGCUGAGGACUAUUGCAGAGACACGCCGGGAAAACGCGGCGUAGUCUGCGACGUCUGUGAAGGCCUCGAUGGUCCAGCCGCUCGCCGCCAUCCAGCAUCGUACGCCAUUGACGGUGACCCCAGCACCUGGUGGCAGAGCCCUGUCGGCGUAGCUCAUGUUACGCUAGUCGCUACGUUACCUGACGAGAUGGAGCUGGUCCACGUCAUCAUAAAGUCGGGACCAUCACCGCGACCAUUAGCCUGGUCAUUGGAGGUCUCUUCAUCAGAAAACGAGGACUGGAAGAUGAUCAGUGCGUUUGGAGACAAGGAGCAUUGCAGGAAACUGUGGGAUCUCCGUCCUGAACGGAGACGACGGAAAGUCAGAGCGGUGAAAAAUCGCAGAUCAGACAAACCUACGUGCUCAACGCAGUUCACCAGCCCCAGACCUUUGGAGAACGGAGAGAUGCACAUUCGCGUUCAAGAGGUCGCAGCGCAGCGCGUACGCAUCUCCUUCCGCGCCGCGCACCCCGCCUCCCCGUCGCAGUACUACACUGUGCGCGCGCUCGCUCUAGUCGCGCGCUGUCUCUGUCACGCGCACGCCAGGCAUUGCCAUGUUGAUAGAAAUGUAAGUUGUAAGUUAUUGGCUUCAGUAUGGUCGAGUCUAAGUUAUGAUUAACAAAAAACCAGCGCGGCGCCAACGCCGCUGGG